AUGGCUCCUAGCUGCAUGGUCCACGUAGAGCCAGAGAGGCUGCUGGCGAAAGAGAAAAACAAACUGAGAAAGCCGGUGGUCGAGAAAAUGCGCCGCGACCGGAUUAACAGCAGCAUCGAGCAGCUGAAAGUCUUGCUCGAGAAAGAAUUCCAGAGGCAUCAGCCAAACUCCAAGCUAGAGAAAGCUGACAUCUUGGAAGUGGCUGUCGGUUACUUGAAACAGCAACGUCAAAUGCAGGGGCAAGCUUUCAGCCACAAGAAUCCAGAGCUUGAUUUUAACACCGGCUACCUGCGUUGCUUGAAGGAAGCUUUACAUUUCCUCUCCUUCUGCGAACCCAAGAGGGAAACGCAAGCCCGGCUGAUCAAGCACUUCUGCAAGGUCCACGUGAUUAGAGAUGGCGAGCGGCCAGGCACAUACACAGUGGGCUGCCUACCACCGUCUCCUUGCCCUCCACCCAAGAAACAAACUACCAAUAAGAAGCCACCAGCUGCUGCUCCCAUCUGGAGACCAUGGUAG